CACAUUAUUACUAUAUUUUUUUUUGAAUUAUGUUGAACAUAUUACCCCCAAAGAAAGGUAUUGGAUUUAAGGAAAGUGGCUGCAGUGGAGACAGAAGCUGUUGUCCGAUGAGAAAUGACAACGGGGAGGAAGACAAAGGAGAGGCCAGACGUAAAAGGCGGCAACUUGUAUGGGGGCGGAGACGGCGGCGCGCGAGGUGGUGCCCAACCAGCCUACCACCCCCAUGCGGCCCAACACUUGCCUCCCUCUCUCUGAUACCACCCCUUCGUCUUUUCCGGACACGUGCUCAGAUUCCCCCUCCCAUCCCCAUCUUCCCAUACAAAGAAUACCCGUCAGGGCCGACCUCAACCUCUCCCACAUGACGGCGCAACCCAAAACUGAUUUCUCUCCCGCAUGGCAAUGUCAAUGCUACCGGUUGGGCGGCGACGGACAUCCCAAUGUUGGUGGUGAGCGUUGAGAUGCAGCUUAAUUCAUUCGCUGAUUAAUUAAAGCUACGCGGCACGUCACCGACCCUCGCUUUUCCUGCACAUGGCCUGUGCUACUAUGACUGGUGUGCCCCUCACAAUGUUCAUGAACCACCGUGGCACACGCUGUUGCAUGCAUCAUUAAGAACAGCUCAUAGUCGGGUGGGAGAGCAGUAGAUCCACCGUCCACGUUGGCCAGUUUACUUAAAGGCAUCAUAUUUUUAGGGUUUUGGUAAAUUGGGCUUCUAUUUAAGCCGCGUUUAGGCGGAGAAGAUGUGCGGGAAGCCACACGAAUCCCAUUUGACUUCUACAUGUGUUUAUCUGUUUCAGAUCGAUGGGUCAUGCGUGGCGGUAAAUAGAACUUGAAGCCGCCGAAAGGAGGGGGGGCGGGGGAGAGCCGCCGGGGAGGCGGCGGCGGCGGCGGAGGAGGAGAUGAUGGCGAGCGCGGCGGUGAGCGUAUCUGGUUCGUCUCCGGUGGCGGCGGCGGCGAUGGCGAGGGAUCACCGAGCUGAGGGAAUGCGGCGAUCGGAGUCGGGGACGGAUCUGUCUGGGAUGCGGCGGUCGAUGUCGGCUCCGCAGCUCCGGUGCUCCCUGAACGUCCCCCGCGCGGCAGCGCCGGCGUCGCUGAAGAGCAGCCGGUCGAUCGGCGUGUUCCCAUUGGGAUCCAUCAUCACCAAUUCGAUCCGGUCGUUCCUGUUCGACUCGGGGGAGGGGGUGACCGGCGGCGGCAUGAGGCUGGUGGAGCCGGCGGAGGAGAGCGACGAGGAGGUGGUGGCGGGAUCGGAGGAGGAGGGGAUCGGACAGGAGAAGCGAGCUAAUUGGGUGGCACGGAUCUUGGAGCUGAGGCGGCGGUGGAGGGAUCGGCAGCACAAGGUCGAUGGAGUGGAGGAGGAAGACAAGGAGGGAGGUGAAGAGGAUGGCUACUGUGGGGUGAGUUACGAGUCCGAGGAGGAAGAGGAGGGCGAGUGGGAUCGAGAAUCGUUCGAGAGUCUGUUGGGGCGGGUCCCGUGGUCGGACGAGAAACUCUUCUCCCAGCUAGCGUUCCUCUGUGACAUGGCCUACGUGAUCCCCGAGAUCAAGGAGGAGGAGCUGCGUGCGUGGUACGACGUCGGGUUCGUGACAUCGUCCUUGGAGAAGAAAGCGGAGGCCGCGAUCAGGGCCAAGUUCGAGAGCGACUCCACGCCGCUCCCGCAAGGGCCUCAAGGAUCCGAUCCCAUGACGACGGCCCAUCCCAACCGGCAGGUCCGCCCGUCUCUCGCUUACAAGGUCGCCGCCUCCGCCGCCUCCUACGUGCACUCCCGCGCUAAGGGCCUCCUUUCCCUCGGCAGCGGAGCCGGGCACUGCGCGGCCGACUCGGAGGAGACCUUGGGUCCCAGCAGCUAUGGCUACAAGAACCCCGAGGUGGCCGCCUACGUGGCGGCGUCGACGAUGACGGCGGUGGUGGCAGCGGAGGAGGAGGCGAGGCAGGAGGCGGCCAAAGAUCUCCGCUCCCUUCAUUCCUCCCCGUGCGAAUGGUUCGUGUGCGACCACGAGAGGACGCGCACCCGCUGCUUCGUGAUCCAGGGAUCUGACUCGCUGGCUUCUUGGCAAGCAAAUCUAUUCUUUGAGCCCACCAAAUUCGAAGGGAUGGAAGUGCUGGUGCACCGGGGGAUCUACGAAGCGGCAAAGGGCAUAUACGAGCAAUUCUUGCCCGAGAUCAAAGAUCACCUUAGUCGCCACGGCGACAGGGCCAGGCUGCGGUUCUCCGGCCAUUCGCUGGGGGGAAGCCUCAGCCUCCUCGUCGGCCUGAUGCUGCUUGCUCGAGGCGACGUCAAGCUCCACCACCUCCUCCCUGUCGUCACGUUUGGGUCGCCGUCCGUGUUCUGCGGGGGGCAGCGAGUCCUGGAGGAGCUGGGUUUGGACGAGGGGUUCGUGCGCUCUGUGAUUAUGCACCGCGACAUCGUGCCCAGGGCCUUCUCCUGCGACUACCCCAACCACGUUGCCCAUGUCCUCAAGCGCCUCAACGGCGCGUUUCGUUCCCACCCAUGCCUUAACAAUCAGAAGGUGCUGUAUUCUCCAUUAGGCAAGACUUACAUUCUCCAACCUGAUGACCAGUCCUCGCCUUUCCACCCUAUGCUGCCACCGGAAGCUGCUCUCUACGUGCUGGACGGGAAGAACAUCGCCGGGAGUUCAUCCAGAGCCACAACCAAGAGCGCGCUGCGAGCAUUCGUCAACUCGCCGCAUCCGCUGGAGACCCUGAGCGACCCCAGGGCGUACGGCUCGGAAGGCACCAUCCUCCGUGACCACGACUGCAGCAAUUACGUGAAGGCCCUCAACGCCUUGCUGAGGCAGCACACCAACUCGGUGAGGCGGAGGUCGAGGAAGCAGCGGUUCAACCAAAGGUGGCCGCUCGUUGCCGGCCCUGGAACCGGACUGCUACCUUCUCACCCAUGCGGAAGCCACCGGAAUCCACUCCUGGAGACGCCUGCAUUGGUUACAAACGAAUUGUCUACUGGAGUUUGAGGAGACUGCUAAGAAUGCCGACGCAUCGACGGAACUGGGAACGUGGUGGUGUUGCAUGGAACACAACUAAUUAGUGGUGUUGCAUGGAACACAACUCAUUGUCUACUUUGACCCACAUGUUCAGUCAAUGGAAAUAACUGUAAAUUAUUUGCGGUCGCAUCGCCUAACGGAAUCAGCAAGCUUAUCUUUCUUGA